AUGGACCACAUAAAGAGCAAAAGAGCCGAGCGACGAGCACAAGUUACGAAACUGGUCAAUGAGCUGGCGGAACUUCGAGCACAAGACAACGUCCACAAGACAAUGCUAGAGAGCCUACUCGCCCGACUCAUCUCUAACGAUACAGAGUUACGACAGAUUAACAAAGAUGUUGAACCACUACUCAAACCAGAUGAGCUCCAGGAAGAGUACCCAACCAUCAUCGCCUACGAGGACGAAGCUCAUGGUGCUAUAGCGGAACUUCGAACGAGGAUUGCCGACAUGCAGGUCACCGAGCAACCGAGAACUCAGAACCCGUCUGUGCUCACAUCAUCAGGAGCGGAAAGACCACGCGCUGGAGCUAAGCUCCCGAAACUACAGCUGCAGUGCUUUGCUGGCGAGUUAACACGCUGGCAAGCAUUUUGGGAGCACUACAAGACGACCAUACACGACAACACCACCCUUGCGAAGGCUGAGAAGUUACCUGCGUUCAUUACUCCGAGGAUCGGCUGCUUCAGCCAUCGUGGGACUUCAGGCUACGGAGUCCUGUUAUGA